AUGGAUAUUAAUGACUUGCUUUGGAACUCACAAUCUACCGGGGGUAGUAAGCGGCCGGGUUCCGCUCAAGCUCCCGAGGACCGCGAAGCUAAAAGAUCUCGCACACAGCCUUAUAAUAACACAGGCGACGAGACCUUAUACAAUGAACUUUCGUUACCUUUUUAUGAAGAUUCCUCGUCCCCGCUUCAAGAUUCUUACCAUAGUCACUGGAACCGGUUCAAUAAUGUAUGCGAAAAUCAAAUCAACAACUUCGCUAGUGGCGGAAUCGCAAAUAUAUUGUAUAAUCCUAUAGAAACAGGGCAGCAAAUACAGCCAUAUAUAACCAAUCCCGUAUCAUGCGCAUAUGGAGAGCAGCCAAACUUUGAUGCCGGGAUGUUUAGACCACUCGAUCAAUCGUCUCUUGGAUUGCCGUUUGUCGCCGAAACGUGGCCUAGGGAUUCGCCGAGCCAGCCAUUUCCCAUCAAUUCCUUCCCUCCACCUUCGCCUCAAUUCGAUACAUCUAUGGGUAACACCAUCAACAACGGAAUCCUGAGUGCGUGUGAAAAUCCCGAGGCACCACUGCCUGUCAUGGGCCUUGGCGGCCUAGGGGACUCGCAAGAAACACUUCCUCAGAGAUACACAACAACACCAGACGUAUGCUCCAACGAACAGUCGGUACUCAGUGAGCCCCAGCCAAAUGAAGCAGAGCCACAGAGCCCCGUUACGUCGCUGUCGACUGAAUCCAUGGAUAUCGAUAACGACUACGAUACUUGCUUUGGUGUUAUACUAGCAACACCCACUUCCUCCUUUUCCCAAAGGGACGGAGCUCAUUCCGUACCUGUGGUUUUGAAACCGUUUGGGAAUAUUUUAAUGCUUUGUAGUCGAAAUUCUGAUGAGCACGCUGGUAUCUUGGGUAACUUUAAGUUCGUAAAUGCAGUUCGCCAGCUUCGGCUCAGGCUGGAUGCUACACUUUUCAUUUCUAGGACUAAGGAUACGGGAGGAAUAAGUAAGCCCAAAAUGAGGAAAAAGGUCCCCGCUGAGACGACCCGAGAGUACAGCAUACGAAUUGUCAUUCAUGGUCUCCAAGCCGAUAAAGAAAUCGCCGGGAACCUUCUCUCGGACGCGGGUUGCUUUCUGCAGCAUCCGUGCACCACAGAAGUCAUAUCAGGGGUCCAAUAUGACAACCCCCACUACCUUCUUCGCCCUGGCGCCGAAAUGCCGAAACUUGAGCAUCUACUCCCAGACAUCAUGGACGAUGAUCCCAUACAGGCCGAAGUAGGAAGCGAAAUCAGUAGAAGUCGUUUCCAACAGAUCUUUGAAAAUGCGGAAGCGGAUGGUGGGGCGUUAACCACAACAAGUAUAUCACCAAGCCCACGACUUCGCUCACCACUUAUGAGACAUCAGCUUAUAGCACUAGCAAUGAUGCAUGAGAAGGAGAGCGGCUACAUCGAGGAGCCGAUGUUCCCAUCGCUUUGGGAAAAGGAAAUCGUCAAAAGCAGUGGGACCACCUAUUACCGUCAUACAGCUACGAUGUUACGUGAACCCAAACCUAUCCCGGCUAGGGGAGGGAUACUUGCCGACGACAUGGGCCUUGGGAAAACCUUAAGUGUUUUGGCGUUAAUCUGCUCCUCUUUGGAUCUUCGCUCUACAGCAGCAGACCAAGGCCAGAAUACGGAAUACCAGGGAACGCUUAUCAUUACUCCAACGUCCAGUGAGUUUGAUGCCGGAAUGCAUGCCAUUUAUAAGCGAUUGACGAUAAGAAAAGCCAUUUGUGGUUGGAUGGACCAGGCCUCGGAGCACAUCCAUCAAGGACAGCUACGGAUGGAGAUAUAUCAUGGUCCCGGCCGAGAACGCCUUUCUAGCCAAUUCCGAGACAUUGAUGUUGUGAUUACCACAUACGAGACGCUUCGAUCCGAAUGGGAAGCUUCAGAAGCCCAUCACAUCCGCAAUCGAUCAAGAAAGACUUUUAGGUCGGUUUGCGAACUUGUAUCCUGUUACCGAUGGUGCUUGACAGGAACUCCGAUCCACAACUCUCUCGACGAUUAUGGCGCCUUGCUUAGUUUUAUACGCGUCUUUCCGUUUAUGCAAAAGUCCGAAUUCACGUCAUUGAUCGUUCAACCUGUGGAGCAGGGGCUCCCAUUGAGCAUUGACCGCUUGCAGGCACUUAUUCGAGCAACCUGUCUUCGGAGAACGAAGCGGAAAACCCUAGAGCUCCCCCCACGUUCUGAAAGGGUACAUGAAGUUCAUCUCCACGCAGACGACCAGGACUUGUAUGAUAUUUACAAGAAACUCUGCGUCGAAAAGGCAGCAGAUAAAGGGAAGAGACUGGGAGUAACCUUAUCUCACCAAGGCAAGGAUUGCAAUAUUUUAUCCCUCAUUACAUGCCUGCAACGUAUUUGCGACCACGGAGAGCAUCUUCUACCAGACAGCAUGAAAAGAAUAAGAAAAGAAAGUUCGUCUUCUUUCUUGGAUGAGGGGUUGGGGCAAAUUUUCUCUGGGAGGUGCUCUGUCUGUGAGGGAGAGAUUGACGGUAGCUCCUCCGGGACGAAAGACUAUCAUUCCAUCUGCGUCAAUUGCAGAUCUUCAGAAGGGGGCUCAUCAGAGUCUAAUAGAGGAGCUACUCUCUCAAGUGAACUUGGCGUAGCGGAUUGCCAAUCGGCCAGUUUCGAAAGGUCCAACUCGGCCCAAGCCUAUUAUCGACCCUCAGCGAAGGUGCUAGCAUUAUUAGAGAAUCUAAAACGGGAGCAAGGAGAUAAUAACCCCCGGCCAAGAAAAAGUGUAGUAUUUAGUUCCUGGGUCAAAAUGCUUGAUUUGGUCGAGCAGGCACUUCAGCAACAACAGAUAGGUUUUGAACGUAUUGAUGGAAGUACUAGUCUGGAAGGACGACGGAAAGCCUUAGGAGAAUUCAACAACAAUGUCAACUGUACAGUGAUGUUAGCGACCAUUGGCAGUGCCGCAGAAGGUGUCAAUCUCACGGCUGCUUGUGUUGUGCAUCUGUUAGAGCCCCAUUGGAAUCCAAUGGUGGAGGCGCAAGCCGUUGACCGAGUUCAUCGCAUAGGGCAAACACAGGAGGUCACGAUUAUUCGAUAUGUCGUUCCCAACUCCGUGGAAACAUACGUUCAAAAGGUGCAAGAUGAUAAGUUGCAGAUCAUCAAUCAGACUAUCAAUACGAACGGUAUAACAGAAACCGAUCUUGAACUCAGGCGGUGGGAGAGAAUGAAAGAGAUGUUAGCAUAG